GUGCAAAAUGGCAGCUAAAAAAAGAAAGUUUUCCCAAGAUUACGUUAAGUUUCGAGAUACCUUCAUAGAAAAGGACGAGUUACAAUUGCCUCAGUGUGUGUUAUGUAUGAAAGUUUUAAGUAAUGAUAGCAUGAGGCCCAAUCGCCUUGCAAGGCAUUCGAAGCAACAACAUCCUACUCUGGUUUUGAAGACGAUAAAGUUUUUUUCUUCUACAGCAGAAUCACUCAAGCGCAUGAGACUGGAUAAAUCGGUAAGUUAUCACACAGGUAUAUCGCCGCAUCUCAAAGCUUCAUUUGAAAUAGCUUUUAUGAUAGCAACGCAAAAGAACCCUCAUACUAUCGGUGAAAAACCAUGUGUCCUAAAAGCCACGCAGAUAAUUUUAGGAGGAGAUGCAGAACAAAAAAUGAACAGACAUAAAGUCACAAAUGAUUUUUUGCCAUUAGUUGCGAUGAAUCCACCGACAUCGUUAAUUGUGCAUAUUUAUGUUCGUUACAUCGGCGGAGAUAUCAUUCAAGAAGAGAUUUUGUACUCCCAAUCUUUGACAGCGGGUACUACAUCUGACGAUAUAUUUAAUUCCAUAUCAAAUUUUAUUGAAAAAAAUUAUUUGGGUUGGAAGAAACUCAUUGGACUUUGUACAGAUGGCGCAUCUGCAAUGAUAGGUGUACAAUCGGGCUUAGCUAAACAGCUCAAGGAAAAAAAAACCGCAAUGGAUCUCGAUUCUGAUCACAAAGUUCUUCUGUUCCAUACAGAAGUACGCUGGUUGUCCAAAGGCAACAUAUUGGCUCACCUUGAUGAAUUGAAAGAAGAGGUAAUUCUUUUUCUUGAGUUCAAAGAAAAACACGAUUUCUUGGCAAUGUUCAAAGAUGCCUUAUUUCAAUGGAGGUUGACAUAUUUAACUCCUUGA